AUGCAAGAAAUCCUGGUCAUCGGCGGCACUGGUGCACAAGGCCUACCAGUCGUUCACGCCCUAUCAGCAAGCAAGCACUACAGCGUUCGCGUUCUAACCCGCGACACCACCUCAAAACGCGCCCAACAACUCGCCCAACUCCCCAACGUAACCCUAAUCCAAGGAGCCCAAGACAACCAAUCCGAUCUCCACCGCGCCUUCCACGGCGUCUACGGAGCAUGGGUCAACACCGACGGUUUCACGCUCGGCGAGAAGAACGAGCUCUUCUACGGCUUUAGAGCCUAUGAGAUUGCGCGCGCGGAAGGCGUGCAGCAUUAUGUGUAUGCGUGUACGGACUAUGCGUUGAAAGAUGCCAACUGGGAUGAGACGUAUCAUUGGGGUCAUAAUGAUGCGAAGGGACGGGUUGGACAGUUUAUUUUGGCGAUGGGGCAGCAGGGGAUGAAGAGUUCGUUGAUUACGACGGGGCCGUAUAUGGAGAUGUUGUGGGAUGGGAUGUUUGUUCCUAGGGAAGAAAACGGGGUGUUUACUUGGAAAAAUCCUGCAAAGUCAGGAAAAAUCCCUCUCAUAGCCCUCCAAGACGUCGGAAACUACAGUCUCUGGCUUUUCGAAAAUGUCUCCGAAUCCGCUGGUCUCGACCUAAAAGUCACAACCGAUGAAGUAAGUUUCGCCGACAUCGCCUCCACAUUCAGCAAAGUCACCGGCAAUAAAGGCGUGCAUCAAUACGUGCCACUCGAGACGUAUCUUCCCCUCGCAGAACCAUAUCCCAACGCCCCUGCCAAUUUCGCCCUAGGUCCCAAUGCUCCGAGAGAUGAGGCAAGUAUGACAUGGCGCGGUAAUUUCACCGCGUGGUGGAAAUUCUGGGGAGAGGGGAAGGCUGUGAAGAGAGAUAUGGAGUUUUUGGAUCGUAUUUUGCCGGGAAGGAUUAAGGGUUUGGAGGAGUGGAUGCGGAAGUAUGAGUAUGAUGGACGGCGGAAGGAUGUUCUUAAGGGUGCGGAGGAUUUGAGGAGAGGGGUGCAGGAGAUGCAAGAGAAUGGUGGAGCCAAAUAA